CAUAUAAUAUAAUAGUAAAAGAGAUGAUGUGCUUAUUGUUUCCGGGUUCACCAUUCUCCGCAGCAGCCAUAGUAUUCUACACUUGCAUUUGCAUCCCUUUCCAUGGGCUAAAGAGAGUUCUUCUCGGAAGGUUAACUCAUCCACAAGAACCGGAAGGUGGCAAAGACCUCGCCAUUAAUGGCGAUUCCGAGCUGACGACAUAUCUUCCUGCGGUGGCUUUGUCUGAAAACGAGGAGGGAGUAUGUUCCAUUUGCUUGGUGGAGUUGGAGGAGGAGGAUGGAGGAGGAAAUGUCGUUGUGACCAAACUCCCGAGAUGUGACCAUCUCUUCCAUUUCAACUGCAUUGAAACAUGGCUUGUCCUCCAUGGCCGUUUCACUUGCCCUCUCUGCAGGUCCUUUGUCUUCUCCAAUGACGGCCUCUGCCCUUCCGACCGAUCUAAAUCUUCUUCUUCUUCCGCUUUUUCCUCUCCUGCCGUCUUCACUCUCGCUAUUCCUGCAUCUUUUCUCAUUCUUUUAUCGUUUCCCCACUUCUUUUGUUAGAAACUAAUACGUCACGGGCUUAAAGGAUUCUCGGAUCUUAAGCCAUGCGACACUUAGACGGUUAGGGCGCGGAAAUGCGUCCGCGGAUUUUCGUGCCGUAAACAAGUAUGCCUCUCAUUCUUUUCAUUCUUGUUCACGUUUGUGAUCGACCCGUCAAUCAUUUUCUAUAUACACAAUCAA